AUGAUCAAUGUACCGUUUGGAUUACAUUUUAGAACAAAAUGUCGCUGCUUAAUGUUCGUAUGUUUUUUAUUUUUUACGAUUUUUAACAUUGUAUAUUUUGCAAACAUUGAUCCUUAUUUCUUGGGAUCUGAUUUAAGAGCAAAAUAUCAGUCUAUUGUUGUUCAGCCCGUUCAGUUACGUUCAAAAAUCUGUAAUUGCAGCUUUAGUACGGCCAUUUUUCUAUUUGUAACAAUUUGUAACAUUAUAUCUUUAGCAAAAAUUGACCAGUAUCCGGUGGCAUUUGCUUUUAGAGCAACAUAUCUCAGUUUAAAGUUUUUCGGCUUAGAAAUUUACUUCAUACUAUUUCUAAGAAAAAUUAUUGUCGAUUUGGAGACUGAUUGUGAUAGUUCUAACCUUUGCAAAGUCAACAUCGAUGCUUUCAUUUCGUACCCAUUGAAGGAGCUGACAAUCAUGCCUAAAACUCUUUUGAAACUGUCUUUAAGCCCCAAUUGGAAGCACGCAUGGACUCCUCUGGACUUCGGGUACUUCACGUUUUGUGGUGAGAGGGACUCUGUCAAGAAUUACCCGCACACUUUGCUUUUGGAGGCCUUUUCGGAAGCAUACAUGCACAUUCAUGUCCUCUUCCCCAACAUGAAGAAAAUGAAGCUUGGUGUAAGAAUUCCAGAAGGAAUGUUGGGUACCGACGCGCAAAAAACUUUCACCGACCGCCUUCUAAUUCCUACCAUUCGACGUGCUUUGAUUUGUUCUCGUGCAAAUCGAUCUGGUGGCUCUUAUGGCGAGGCCAUUGGAAAGUCCCGAUUUGGCCCCAUAUCGCCAUUUUGUUUUUGUGCUUUCUUCCUUCGGGGAAAAAGCCCAAUGUACGGUCCGGAUUACACGUCUAUUCUUGAUACCAUGGUCGACUGGCCCCAACUUGACCAUCAAAGAUGGCUUGUAGAUAUUGGCCUGAAUCUAUUUGCCGAAUCCGAGGAUGGCCGACCAUUGGUAUCGUACGUUAAAGAGGAAAAAGUUGAAAGUAUUGGAAAACGUUUUGGUGAUCCAUCCAUAAAGACAGAUUUUUAUGGAAUGUCAUUGGGUUCUUUUGGUGGCUUCUCGGGGAAAGGCCGGUCCGGUAGUCUUCUUACGCCUUCGAAAGUUAUGAUAUAUAACUAUAUCAAGUAUCCGUUUACGACGUCCCAUCCUGGUGUAAACGAAAACGUGUCCGGUCCAUGGAUACCCGAAGAAAUGAGAAAUACUUUUCGUCAUCAAGAAGGUCAUCAUUUAAAGAACAUGUUCACUACUCGUUUGGAGGUUCGUGUGAGUGCGGCGGAUGUGGGCGACAUACUCGUUCGCAAAUUAAUGGAUGGGCUGCACCGCCUUCAAUCGAACGGUGCGUUUAUCCAUUUCUUUGUCGACGAGUAUCUCGCCUAUGUCCGCGAGUUGCUGAAUCUCACCUCGGAGAUGAUGGUCUCGUUAAGCCGGGAUGUGCAAUUACCUGCUGUGUCUGGCUUUGCGUUCUGCGUUUUUCUGUUGAACAGCCUCAUGCAUCCGGCCGAUAAGGGAUCUACUUGUUGCAACAACUUUGUCAAGACUCAUCGCUGUAAAAAAAACUACCUGUUUUUUAUGAGUUACCAUUUCGUGUUUGAUCUUAACGAGUGGCGUUUCAUCGAUGCUUUUGAUUCGACCAGAAUGGCGGAUAUGUUUCCCGGUUUGUCUUUUGUCAGAACUUUGGUGGUAGAUGGUGACCGUUUAGUCAACGAAAUAGACCGUAUGGCUGCCGCUAAUGAAAUUAAUCCGGAAAAUGUGCACUUAGCUCAUGACGUGGCACUUAACAACACGGUAAGCUACACCGUUUCUCUGGGCCCCUUGACCUUCGCUCCUUGUCUGCGCUUUUCCAAAACCCCACUUAGCAGGCAUCGUGUUCCUGGAACUUGGUUGACCAACCAAGCUAUCCCAAUGUUUGACGUUGGCAAUGCUGACACCGUCAGAUACGCUGAAAAAACCCGUCAAAUAUUUCAUCGUUUUGGUCUUGGGCCCGAAUCCGCUGUCCGUUUCCUGGAAGUCGUUUUUGAGGAGUAUUUUUCUCUGGUUGGAGGUGGCCACACCGGGUGCAACAUCGAAAAUCUUUCGUUCGGUGGUGACCAAUCCAUGUUCGACCCUGAACUUCGGGAUGCGCUGGAUCUCACGGUCAAAAUGGACUUUCUGAGGCGUGUUGCGUUUUUGCUUCGUUAUGUCGAACAAGAGCACCGUGAACGGGCCUGGGUUCAAUCUUUGGUGACGGAUGAUCGUAUGGAUAGAUCAUGGAAAGCAUUUGGUUCCCGCUCUGUUUUCUUGGAGCUUUUUCUGCAUGCUGAUAUCAGUUCGAGGUCUCUCAAACACUUACAUUGUAUCCUUCUGGCGGCAUCGGUGUAUAUUCUCGAAUAUGUGCCCAUGUCGUGCCCUACUAAGAUGUUUAGGCGUACAUCUUCAACAACUAUUGCGACGCGAAAAGUAUCUUGGUUCUUAGAAACAAUGGGUGACGUUUCCCGGGAGAUGUUCCAGUUUCUUCAAGACUAUGCCUAUGAUCACAAGUUUGAGGACCCAAGUUUUCCUCGUGUCUAUCGUCGGGUCACUGAAAUUCAUGGUAGUCGUGUUGGUGGUAGAACCAUUCCCCGUGUCCGCGCGCGAAAGCAUAGACGAAAUGGCCGUUUGAUUUAA